AUUUGGGUCGUGUGAAAGGAGCGACGUUUUUUUCUCGCUCCGGAGCUGGAUUUUUGAGCCUUUUCUUCAGCUCCACCCGCCGCUACCGAGCCUGUAUUUACCCCAGUCCUGUUUAGAAACACUGAACCGCUGUUACCCGGGACGAAGCGGGUCAAAGCGCCUAAACUUCGUCCCAAACCGCGAGCUAACGGCUAACGGCUAAAGCUAGCUCCGUUAGCCCCGCGCUGCUGCUGCGUCUCUCGGGUGGAGCGGGGUUUGUCCUCGGUUUGUGCAGGAUCCAGGUGUUUUUUCGGGGUUUGUCUCUGUGGUUUGUUGGCGGUGGAGCUUCUGGGAACCGGGGAGAGCACAGGGCGGGUCUCCUGCGGGAAUGAGAGCGACAGAAGCGGAUUAAAGCCAGGUGAAGUCGGGUCGAUGGAGAAAAGUUGAGCUGAGGAUCAACGCGAGGGAUCAACAAGAGAGGUUUUUACGAUUGACCCGCUGAAAAGAGCAUGUUCAACCUGCAGUGAUGGAGUCUACGGUUGUCAGCACAUCCACGGCGGCAGGGGAGGAGUUUGACCGAAAUGUGCCGCGGAUCUGUGGCGUCUGCGGAGACAAGGCCACCGGGUUCCACUUCAAUGCCAUGACCUGCGAGGGCUGCAAGGGUUUUUUCAGGCGCAGUAUGAAGCGGAAAGCCUCGUUUACCUGCCCCUUCAACGGAAGCUGCACCAUCACCAAGGACAACAGGAGGCACUGUCAGGCCUGCAGACUGAAGCGCUGUGUGGACAUAGGCAUGAUGAAGGAGUUUAUCUUGACAGACGAGGAGGUGCAGAGGAAGAAGGACCUGAUCCAGAGGAGGAAGGAGGAGGAGGCUCAGCGUGAGGCUCAGAAGGAGGCGCGACGACCGCGCCUCACGGACGCUCAGAGUCACGUGAUCUCCACGCUGGUAGAGGCGCAUCACAAGACCUACGAUGACUCGUACUCCGACUUCUGCAGGUUCAGGCCUCCAGUCCGUGAUGGUCCAGUGACCCGCAGUGCCAGUCGUGCUGCCUCUCUCCACUCUCUGUCAGACGCCUCCUCCGACUCCUUCAGCCACUCUCCAGAGUCGGACACAAAGAUGAACUUUAAUAACCUCCUGAUGAUGUACCAGGAGCAGGGGAGUAGCCCCGAGUCCAGUGAAGAAGAAGGCUCCAGCUUCUCCAUGCUGCCCCACCUGGCCGAUCUGGUUUCCUACAGCAUCCAGAAGGUCAUCGGAUUCGCCAAAAUGAUCCCGGGCUUCAGAGAGCUGACCGCUGAGGACCAGAUCGCACUCCUGAAGUCCAGUGCCAUUGAGGUCAUUAUGCUGCGCUCCAACCAAAGCUUUAACCUGGAGGACAUGUCCUGGAGCUGCGGAGCGCCAGACUUCAAAUACCAGAUCAGUGAUGUCACCAAAGCUGGCCACACUCUGGAGCUGCUGGAACCUUUGGUGAAGUUUCAGGUUGGACUGAAGAAGCUCAACCUUCAUGAGGAGGAACAUGUUCUGCUCAUGGCCAUCUGCCUGCUGUCCCCAGACCGACCCGGAGUCCAGGACCACGCUCGUAUCGAGGCCCUUCAGGACCGCCUGUCGGAGACGCUGCAGGCGUAUAUCCAACUGCAUCACCCCGGGGGACGCCUGCUCUACGCUAAAAUGAUCCAGAAGCUCGCCGACCUGCGCAGCCUGAACGAGGAGCACUCGAAGCAGUACCGCUCACUGUCAUUUCAGCCAGAGCACAGCAUGCAGCUAACCCCACUCGUGCUCGAAGUGUUCGGCAGCGAAGUCUCCUAAAACUACCUCCAGUCUCAAGAUGGCUGCUGCUACAGCCAGGUGAUACACGCUUCAGGAGGAGGAGGAGGAGGCGAGCUGUGCGGCAAGCAGUGAAAAAAUUUUAAAAUCUUUUCUUCAAAAAAAUGGCGACUCAAAUAGAAUGAAAUGUUGACGAUAAUUAAAUGUUUUUAGGGAAGUUGAAUUGAUUGGUGGUUUUCAGAUGAUGUCAUUCUCAAAGGUGAAUGGCCGUGUUUAUGGCUUUCAAAGUGAUACAAAAUGGAUUUGCUAAAAGUCCUGAAAAUGGUGCCCAUUUAAACACAUUCAUUAAUAAGAAUCUGCAUUGAUAACAGUAAUUUGACCCGCCCUCAUCUGAAUUUAAGUUUAACAUCCGGUAGAUUGACACAAUGUUGUCUGAAAACCACAGCUGCUUUACAGUUACAAUUUAGGUCUAAUUUUGUUCAAUUAUUCAACUUAAAAUUAUGUUCUACAAAUUCUGCUCAAACCUUCCUCUUUGACUCAUCACAAGUUUUAGGACAAAGAAGACACAUUUACUUAAAGUCAGCGUUUCAUUUUGAGCCAAGUAGAGAGAUAGGAAUCGAUUCUUUGUGUUUGUCUUGUCUCAAAAUUCUAUUGGAAAUUAGGUUAAUGUUGGGAAAAGAGUUCAUGAUAUUUUAGAUUAAUACCAGUGGUUCUCAACUGGUGGGCCGGGACCCAAACGUGACGUAAACAGGUUGAAAAUAGUUUAAAUUUUCAACCCCAAAAAUGAGUUUAUUGACAUAAUAAUAUGAUGAAACAUAUGUGAAAGAUAUUUGAUCAACAUGAAGCACUUACAAAGAUUACAGCUGUGAUCUUCAUUUUCAAAUCACAAAUUGGUUUGAAAAUUCCCCUUUUCAGGAGUAUGAUUGUUAUUUUAAGACCUAGUUUUAUUUAGCAAAAAUUUAAAAUUCACUUAAAAGAGUUAGAGUUUUGUAGUUAUCCCAUGGCAAAAUGUCUUUAAACAAUAGUAUUUUUCCUGCUAAAACGAUUAUAAAGCCAAACGUUAGUUGUCUUGCUAGCAAAAAAGAGGGGGUAUUCUGCAAAAUCGACUUUCAGGACCUUUUUCCCCAUGUUAUAAGAGAUUUUCUGAAGAGAUUUUCUUAAGAGAUUUUAGAUGUACUGCUAACUGUAAGGAGGGUUUGAAUAGGGACAAGCCUGUAUGAGGCUCUGCCCACAAGUCUACAUCACCCAUGCUUCCACACGACAAUUUUAUAUAAAUAUACAAAAACAUUAUACAAAACUGUACACGGCAACGUCACAAACCUGAUGUGAUGUGCAGUAUUUUCAUCAGUGGGAUGCAGCUGAUUGUGUUGUGACAGUUCUCUGAAGGGAGAGGGACUUGGCACAAAGAGCAAAGGAAUAACAUGUUAAUAUGUUGUUUUGGGCGAAUAUAUAGUUUUUAAAACAAAAGGAAAAAUGGAGAUCUAAAUAUGUUAUGUGUUACAGUUAAUACCCCAUAGAAGUAAAAUACCCCCUCUUUAAUACCCCAUAGAAGUAAAAUAUCCCCUCUUUAAUAAUAAUUUCUUAAAUAACAUAACAUACUGGUUAUGUUUCUAUUUAGUCCAAUCUCAUAAUUCUGAAGAAUAGACAGACACAUUUCUACAAUGUUCAAAUUUGUUUAAAAAAACGUAAAAUUAGAUUUUCCUGUAAAUCCCAAAAUCAAAAAGGCAAAGACUUCUAUGGUAGAAUUUACCUUUUUAAAUUUUGAAAAAUGCACAUUUUUUUGCCUGGUUUAUGGGUAAUAUUUUUGCCAAUUCUUUGAACACUACAUUAUAUUUUUAAACUUCUUGUCCAAACUUGAUCGUGUUAAAAUCACCUCUUCCUUUUCGAACGUCGUAAUGAUAAAAUUCCUUAAAAUAUUCCAGAAAUGCCAAAUAUAUAAAUUGUCAAAUCUUUGCUCCAAAAGUCUGAGUUUUGGUCCCUUUUUCAGGCCAUUUGAGAAUCACUGGGACGAGAGGAUCCUUUAAAGAUAUUAUUAUAAUGAUAUGGGUCCUUUAAAGAUACUAUUGUAAUGAUACGCGUCCUUUAAAGAUACAAUUAUGAUAAGGGUCCUUUAAAGAUACUGUUGUUAUAUGGACUAUUAUUCAUUUUCUGCCUAUUUACUCAUGUUUAAAUGUAUUUAAAACUCGACUCUGCUGCUUGAAUGCCUGGACAUCAAAAACGUGGAUUUGUUCAGGUCCAUGUUUGAACACACAACCUCCAUAACUCAGCCAUCCUGUCGUAUUCUACCUCUUUGUUUUUUUUUAUUAUGAUACUGUAUUUUUAUGUAGAUGUGACGCUGUUUGAGACGUUAUUUUGCAGUAAACCACACUGGGGCGCUCAGCUCCUCUGGGAUAUCAGUGCCUGCACAACAGUUUUUGUUAUUUACAUGUUUAUUCUCAAGGCAGCAUUUGUAUACAGUUUAACACAGCCAUCGGUCAAAACAUUGCGACCACAGGCAGGUAAACAGGCAGGUAAACAGGCAGGUAAACAGGCAGGUAAACAGGCAGGUAAACAGGCAGGUAAACAGCAUUAGGUCUUCACAGCUGCUCCUUUUAAAAUGGGGAAUUAUAGGAAAUUACUGAAUCAGUAAGUUAAAGUGCAUAACGAAUUUGAACUGAAAGAAAUUCAUAUGUAGAAGACUGGGUCAGCAGCUCCAAAUCUCACUUUUAGGGGGGGUUUUAGUCCAGAUUUAGUCUGAUUUAGUCCUGGGUUAAACCUGGUUCAAUUUGGGCCCGGGUCAAUCUGGUUUAAAGCUGAUUUUAGUCCUUGGCUAGACCAGAAAGCCACUUGGUUUUGUCUUUGGUUUAGACCAGUUAGCCCUGUUUUAGCCCUGGUUUAGCCCUGGUUUAGCCUUGGCUUAGCCCUGUCCCUGUUUUAGUUCCUGGUUUACCCAUUGUUUUAGCCUCAGUAUAGGCAUUUUAGCCUUGGUUUAGCCCUGGUUUAGCUACUGUUUUUUCCUGUUUAAUGCCUGUUUUAGCUCCUGUUUAAUCCCUGUUUUAGCUCCUGUUCCGGUUGUAUUCAGCUUGUGGCCGUGCUGUUCGGCUCGUUUGCUGUGAUCUCAGAUAUGUCGCCAAAGGUUCACUCUCUUCCAUUUUCUCCAUUUUGACGCAAUUAAGGAAACGGGGAUUUUGUUUUUACAUUUACUUCACAAAGUCUGUAACGAUUAAGGCCUCUCAGAACGUUUAAGGCCUCUCGGUAACAUUUGAGGCCUCUCUCUGUAACGUUUAAGGCCUCUCUGUGAACGUUUAAGGCCUCUGUAACGUUUCGGGCCUCUGUAACGUUUAAGGCCUCCCUGUAACGUUUAAGGCCUCCCUGUAACGAUUAAGGCCUCUCAGAACGAUUAAGGCCUCUCGGUAACAUUUGAGGCCUCUCUCUGUAACAUUUGAGGCCUCUCUCUGUAACAUUUGAGGCCUCUCUCUGUAACAUUUCAGGCCUCUCUGUAAACCUUUAAGGCCUCCCUAUAACGUUUAAGGCCUCUGUAACGUUUCGGGCCUCUCUGUGAACGUUUAAGGCCUCUCUGUGAACGUUUCAGCCCUCUCUGUGUCUUUGGCGACUCCCUCUACACUACAACACUCAAACCAAACAUGUUGUGUUCUCUUGGGUGUAAAUAUGUUCUCUGCUUCCACUUGUAACGCUAAGCACUGUUAAACCUCAUUUCAGUGUCUGGACAAAGACGUGAAUCUCUGAAACAUGAAAUGGUAAAGGGCUAAAAUGCUCAAAAAGCUCGAAACUCGAACUGGAAAUGUUUGCAUAUUUCACAGGCCGAAUCACCAGGUCUGACGGUGAAACAUCACUUAAAAAACAGAAUCGUGUCACGAAAUAUCCAGAGUUUUGUGGGAAUAAUUUGAAUUUAAAAUGUCAAAUUUUUAUAUUUCAUUGUUUCUGGAGUCAUCAGGACUAAUUAUGUGGUUCUGAUAAACUGAGUUGCAUUUGAGUUUUGAGUCUAAUUUUUAAGCCAGAUGCCCUUCCUAGUUGCAUCUUUUAAUAUUAUUUUUAAGCAUGACCAAAUCAGGUUUAAACAAGGACUAAACAUGAACUAAACGUGGACCAAACCAUGCAGAGGUUGGACUUAACUAGGUCUAAAAUGGGACUUAACCACUAAACCAGGUAAAAUGUUAAAACACAAAAUGAAGACUAGUUACCACUUUAGACCUGUUUUAGUCCUGGUUCAGUUCUAGUUUAAACAGUGACAAGACUAAACCAGAAAUGAACCAGGAUUAUAACCAGCUUCAAAGCUACUCAAAUUUGCCUUACAUUUCACAAAGUCUGAACUUCUACACAGUCAAAUCUAAUUCUAGUAGAAUUUGAGAACCACAUUUGGCUUCAUUUUAUUUUCAUUCAGAUGCCCUUCUUGACACAGAAAAUCUACUGGCUGUAGUUCUUAACUCUAUUAGAGCUGCAAAUUACUGGAAAAUACUGCCAAAACAAAGACUAAAAGAAUGAAUAUGGAUUAAUGUGUUAUCAAUUCAAUACUGUGUCAACGAUUGCUCUGAGUUUAGAGUCUGUUUGGUCCAGAUCACGAUUAGCAAAAUGCAACUACAGUUAUUUUAAUAGCAAACUUGUGAAAAAUAGUCUCUAGUUUUAGUAUUGAUUUGUGUAUAAUCAUUUCUAGUAUAAGACACAUACACUAGUAUACACCCACCGACCACUAUGAACCUACUGGACACUGAGGGAUUCCACACAUGGGAAUAGAACACAAAGUACAACAUUUAAUGUGGAACAGCACAGAGUCUAAAGAAAGAGGGUUUUUAUCAUCAUGGGAUCAGUAUCAGUAUUGAGUAUUGAGUGUUCCUUAGUAUUGAUUUGGAGUUGUUGCUGCAGCCCUAAUAUUGUGUAAUUUGACAUUUUAAAUGUAAAACUCCCACAAUCCCCUUCUCUGUGACACGCUCCUGUCAAACUGAUGCAAAGCUCUUAUUGUUUUUCUACAUAUGACGUUUUUAAUAAUGAUGCAAUUCCAUGAAUUGCUGCCGUUCCGUAUACAGUAUACAAACCUCCUCGGAUCACGCAGCCCUUUCAUUUUGACUGGGAACAAUGUUGAGGUGUACUGCCCUCUGCUGGCUCUUUUGUAAAUACCAGGUAUAAAUAUAUAUGGAGCGUUCUGCUAAAUCCGCCGCUGUAAAUAGGGCUACAUAGAUUAUUAUUAUUAUGAGUUCUCGUCUUUAUUUUCGGGAAAAUAAAUAUAUGCAAGUACAAUAUGGAAUCAUCACUAUUAUUAUUAUGAUGUUGUUGUAUGUGAGAGUGUUUGUUUUGAUGGAGUUUCUAUUUUCAUUUAAAUAACAACGACAAGCUAACAUGCUAAACAUGCUGCUCUCUAAAAAAAGCCAUAGAUCGCCUGUUUUUACAGAGUUUUACAGUGUAACUUUGCUGUCCAUCGAAACGACGGAACACGAGCGGCCAGGAGCCAGACGGCCAUUUUAUUAGGUACAGCACAUGGAUGCAGGGCUGAAGGACUGGGACUGGACCAGGACUACCCCUUGUCCAAUUGACAGUUGUACCUAAACCGUGUCGUGUGUGGUCGUUUUGUGGGAGGAGACUCAUCUUGUGGCUGAUCUGAGCUGGUAAAGGUUGAGCUUUGUCUGUAGUUUUCCGUGGGAGUGGUUUUAGACCUGUUCUAAUCAUGAAAUCACUGUGACACUCGACAGAAGGACUUAAACCGAUUAUCAGCCAAAUUUGAAAUAUUUUGUGUAAAUUUGUUGCAUAAUUUUGGCAAAAGUUUUCAUUUCAGGCCCUGGUUUGUUCUGAAUGGGGCUGAAGGAGGCAGGGCCAUGUGCGAUCAGGCGCAUUACAUUGGUUCAAGUCUCCAGUUUAUUUUUAGUUCAAGCUAAAUCAACUCUCGUUUUCUACAUUUUCUCACAUGUGCUAAUGCUGUUCCCUCAUCAAAAACACAUCUGAAGAGAUUUUAGAUGCCAUCCAUGUUUUGAGUAAUCUGGAGAUCUCUCCUGGGCCCCGUUCAAACCCUUCUUACAGUUAGCAGUACAAGCCUGUAUGAGGCUCCGCCCAUAAGCCUACAUCACACAUGUUCCCACAUGACAAUUCUCCAUAAAUACACAAAAGCAUUAUACAAAACAAUACACUGCAACUUGAUAAACCUGAUGUGAUGUGCAGUAGUUUCAUUAGUGGGAUGUAUUGUGUAGUGAUGGUGCUCUGAUGGGGAAAAAAGCACAAAAUCAGUACAGUUAUUAGAUUUCAACAACAUUGGCAAGAACAUUUAAGUUAGCUCGUAGCAUCUUGGCGCUAAUCCCGUCCUCCUUCAGCCUCUUUUGCAGAACAUUUCAUCAUUAUUUUUGGGCUUUUUAAAAUUGUGCUUCUAAAAAUAUUUGUGGAUGGUUCUGUGUUGAGUCGCGGUUUGAAAAUCUCUAAAUUGUUGGGCAGAAAUCCUGUCUUUGCUGUGAAAGUGUAGAAACGUUUGGAGGCAGUACCACUCGUUGGCCAGAGGGGGGAGAUGUGCGAUGUGCUUGGUUACUGAUCAUAUUGAAGUUUGUCUGUGUUAGGGGUUACUUUCGGUGAAUCUUUUUCUGAUUUUUGAUAUUUGGAACGGUUGCUGUUGUAUGUUUAAAAUAUCGUGGGAGAAUAGGUGGAUUUCUUAAGCAAGUGCCAGAUGGGACCGAUCCCGAUGCUUAAACAGGGUAAGACAUUUUUACAACAACAAAGGCAGAGGGUGUGCUUCAGAGAGCGCAAAUUUUACAGCAGAAGUUUGAAUAAGUAAAAAAAAAAAACUUUAUCAUACAAAUCAGUUCUGAAAAAGUUUUAGAAAAAAUAUAUGAAAUCUGAUGCCAAAUCUCAAAAUGUUGUACAGUUCAGUUCUCUCCAGUAAAAUCGACAAGUGUGAGGGAGAAAGCUUGUUUCAUUAUAUUCAAAUUUCAAUA